AAUUUGCUGCUUAUGCUGCAAAGAUAGUAAAGAAUGAAUGUGAAACUAUUUGUAAACGGCACUCGGACUUCGCAUUGACUGAUAAAACUUAUGAAGGGAUAAUGGAAUUCUCCUGGGACCACUUAUACCAAGACCUAUUACUUGGAGCUCCAAACACUUUACGCAUUGUGUCAUCCAUGGUAACCAGUAGCAUCCCAAUGCCAGUACCAAGCAAGGAAUUUCACCAUGCCCUUUUUGCAAUAGGUAUAAUAUUACAUGGACGAAACAGGGAAGCAACUACAUUGCAGUAUCUGAAUGGAAUGGUACUUCUUCAUGGAGGGUGUACACAUCAGGACAUGAAACGCUUGGCUAAGUUAGGUGUAUGUGUCUUUCCUGAGACAGUCAGAAAUAAACUGCAGUCCUGGCAAAGUAAUCUUGAUGAAAAACUGUUAGAAGUGAAGGAAAAAUGGUGCAAGGGUGACAGUAUGACAUAUCAACUUGUUGGCGAUAACUGGGAUAAAAAUAUAGUACCCUCUUACAGGACUUCUAAAAAUUCAACACAGUCAAUACAUCUUUUUAACGUUAUUGGCGUCAUUGACCGGAUUGUAAUAAAGAAGGAAGAAGGCACUCCUGUUAGGACAGUGGACAGCAUGACAGCCGUUGACUUUAUACCAUCUGAAGGGGACAUUGACAGUCUACAAAAAGAACUAACGUUCCUUGUGGCCAGAUCUGUUAUCCAAAAUAUUAAACAAAUGGAAGAUUUGUUUGGGAAAAUUUACCCUGGCCAUCUGGAGCAUAUCCACAGUAAUGAAGCUGGAAUGAAAACUUCGCAGUAUUCUCUUGGUCUUUUUGAUUGUGAUGAAAAGAAAACAGCAGAUGUCAUAAGGUUGUUGCAAAACUUGACAGAGAAAUACGUUCCCAAGAAGGAUGGGGAGAUUGUUGAAGAAGUUUUUUUUGGAGGAGACAGACUGACUGAUGAAAAAAUUCAGGUUGCUCAGCAAGCAAUGAGAAAUGCUGACAGUGGCUUAGAGAGGUUAGAAGGCUUCAUUUCAAAGAUAGAGGAUUUUCAUCGCUUAAUGAAUUUUCUGGAGAAUUGCAGAAUGUGCUCGCAGAUCCUGAUCACGAGGAAAAUUACUGGGUUAAUUCUAUUGAAAAUGACAAUUUCAAGUGCCACUUCUGUAAUUCAAGUUUUCCGUCUAACAGCUCUUCACCAAAACUUAAACAGUGCUGUUGAUAUGGGUGAUGGCUACAGAGUAGUAAGGAGUGCCAAAUUUGAAACGCCUAUAUACAACAGGACCAACAAAGUUAAAUAUUUGAUAGGAAGUGUACAUCUUACAGCACUUGUGUCUGGCACAUUACCGGCUCACCAAUCAAAGCGCUUAAUUGCAAACAGAUUUAUCAAUAUUUCAGGUGGGAAGAACAAUAAUUUGUCUUUGGAUGAAUUUGUUGAAAUUUUAAACAGAGACACCAAAAAUGCAACACAUGGCUUUCAAACAAAAGACAGUAUUGUGCAACAUUCAAAAGAAUUUCCCCAUCUUGUUCAUGCAGUUAAACAUUUUGAUGCUAUGUGUGAAGUAAAAAAAGAAAAGGGUUUCACAAACUUCCUUCAUACAAGGAGGAUGUCAAAAAGGUUUUGAUAGAUUUGCUGUCUAUUAAUGGUUUAGAAGUUCGUCCUGGCCGCACACUUCAUUGCCGUAAAAUUGUGCAAAAAAGCAGCAAUCCUUUCAGUGACUGUUUUGUUGGUUUGCCAGUAAUGAUUGCCAGACACAAGCCAGAAUUGCCAUUCAGACGUUUGCGGAAUAAGAACAUGUAAUCUUUCCAAUGUCUUUUCGUUUUGUGUUUUGAAGUACAACUGUACAUGUAAACAAGGGUGCAAUAGCAACAAAAUACGCCUGUUUGUAGUAAAUAUAUUCAAUCAAAUAUAUACCUGUUAAAAUUAAACGUUUUUAGGUCAAUAUAAAAUAUGCAUAAUGUGGUGAGGCACAAUCAGACUGAAGAUGUUAGUUUCUGCUGCAUUCAAUUAUAAACUCUAUAAAAACUCAGGAUGUGGCUAAAUUUGACCUUUAACCUCAGAAGAGUGACCUUGACCUAUGAGCAAAGGAGCUGCUUCUUGCGCAUGAAACAUUUGUGUGAAGUUUAAUUGUGCUUCACAUAAAAAGCUAAACAAGAUAAAAUCUACAACAUUUUAUAAUUUAAUUUUAACUUUAUUCUUCAUUAAAAUGCUAUAUUCAUUAUACUGUUCAUUUUUCUUCUUGCAUAAGGUAUAUAGUGAAUUAUAGCCAUUGACUAUAACAAUUGUUUUUUAAUAUGUGGUGAGGCAAAAUAUUAGUACAUGAUUGUAUUUUAUUAGAUACUACAUCAUUUUUGAAAUUAAAUCUUAUAAUUUAAAUUCUAAGAUAUGUUUUUGUUG